AUGGUGCUCCUAGACAUUGUUGGACCUCAACAAACUGCUUUUGUUAAAGGUAGGCAUAUUAGUGAUAAUAUCCUUCUUUCUCAAGAGUUGUUGAGGAAUUAUCACCCCAAGGGAGGAUUACCUAGGUAUGCUCUUAAAGUUGAUCUCAUGAAAGCAUACGAUUCUGUUCGUUGGGAUUUCCUCUUUGCGGUUUUAAUGGUGCUUGGUUUUCCUGAGAGAGUUGUUAGGUGGAUUACUGAGUGUGUCACUACCACUCGAUUUUCGAUUUCCAUUAAUGGACAACUGCAUGGAUUCUUUGCUGGUGGGCGAGGUCUGAGACAAGGAGAUCCUUUGUCGCCCUACUUAGCUGAGGUUGGUUCUGUCUCGAUCAUUGGGGAAUGCCUUAAUCAAUUCAAAGCUCUUUCUGGACUUAUUCUUAAUCCAGAUAAGAGUAAUUUAUUUGCCAGUGGUGUUUCUACAUAUCUUAAGGAUCAGUUGCUUGAUGUUGUGAUCAAGCAAGUGAAAAAUUCAUUGCGGGCCUUCUUGUGGAAGGGUAGUGACCUUGGCACCGGUGGGGCUAAAAUGGCUUGGGCAAAAAUCUGUAUGCCUAAGGAGGAGGGUGGUUUGGGUCUACGGGGCUUGGAGAUUUGGAAUAAGGCUGCCAUGUUAAAGCAUCUUUGGUCCCUUGCUCGGAUUCUGCCUCCUCUCUUUGGGUUUCGUGGAUACAUUGUUAUUUACUUAGAGGACGGAGCAUUUGGGAAUUGA